AUGUCGUCUACCAUUUUCUACAAGUUUAGGUCUCAGAGAGAUCUAUCUCGUGUCCUGUUUGAUGGUACGGGAAUUACUGUGUUCGAUCUCAAGAGGGAGAUCAUGCUGGCAAACAGGUUGACUAAUGCUUCGGAGAUUGAGUUGAAGAUGUAUCGUCCGGAAGGCCCUGAAUAUGAUGAUGACACGGAGGUGAUACCCAGAUCUACCACCGUAGUGGUGAGACGAUUGCCAGCUGAUAGGAAAGGCAAAGGUGGAGCUACGCGGUAUAUCACUGGAAAACCAAGAGUGAACAGAAAGAACCCAGCAUUGGCCCCCACGGCAGCCCCUGCGUCAAGCUUUCAGCCAAAGGCUGGAAAUGGUGAAAAACAGACUGAAGAAGAUAUGAUCAAAGCCAUGUUCAACCAGCAAGAUGACCAAUGGCAAGAACAACAGGUUUCGCUAGCCGGUGCCACCAGAAUUGACCCUGUGAGAACAGCCACAGGUACUGACGAGGCGCCUCCUCCCGGGUAUAUUUGCUACAGAUGUGGUUCCAAGACGCAUUUUAUCAAGAAUUGUCCUACAAAUAACGACCCCAACUGGGAAACGAAACGGGUCAAGAGAACUACGGGUAUUCCCAAGUCUUAUCUCAAGACCGUUGAUAAACCGGAAGAUGAUGAUAACCAGAACGUCAUGGUCAAUGAUGAGGGACAGUUCGUGGUUGCGGUUGCCGAUAAAAAGUCCUGGGAAACUUACCAGAAAAAGCAACAGGUGCAAGAAGAACAGUACGAUGUCAAGGACGAGACUCUGCUGGAUCCUCUGAGUCAUAAGCUGUUCAAAGAUCCUGUCAAGACUCCAUGCUGCGGCAAAACAUACUCAAGACAGGCUCUUGAAGAUGCUCUACUGGAAACUGACUUUGUAUGUCCUAACUGUGAAAAGGAGGAUGUGCUGCUAGACACACUGACCAAGGACGAGGAGAUGAGCAAAAGGGUAGAUGAGUUCAUUGAGGCCAAUUCUAAUGGAUUGAAGAGAAGCAAUGAUUCCGACAAUGGUCCUGAUUCCAAAAAGCAAAAAACAGAGCUGUUUUCUGCUGGCGUUGCUCCAACAGCGGUUCCAAUGAUGCCAAACAUGGGAAUGGCCCCCAUGGGUAUGCCGUUUAUGGCACCUUUUCCCUUCAUGCCCAACAUGAUGGGUCAGAAUCCAACGAGAUGA